AUGGACUCUCAACAAUUGACACCCGCCCUUUCAGUCGACGACUCACCAUCGCUAUCUGAUAGCGAAUCCUCAUCAGGCAUUCCAGCAGAACAAGUCGACAUAAUCAGAAGCAUCGUAGACAAAUGGCACAAGAAGCCUUUACAAAUAGCCAACGACAUUGUCUCAGCAUUGGUACUGCACCCUAAAACCAACACCAGAGCGAGAAACUGA